GCCGUCAGCAUCUCUUCGAACUCCAUGAAGUUCACCGCUUUCCUGUGCUCUGCUCUUGUGGCCCUGUCAACAAUUCAAGGCCAAGAGCAACAACAACAACAGCAACAACAACAGCAACAACAACAGCCAGCAACUAUCGGCCACGAUCAAGUGAAGCCCUUCGCGCAGCCCCAACCGGUCACGAUCUCGGAGAGGGCUGCUAUCAAGUUUAAACCCCAAAUACACAUCGGUGACGGAUGCCACCCGUACCCUGCAGUGAACGAUAUUGGCGAGACGGGCGGCGGUCUGAAGACUACCGGAUCCCCCACCGCCGGAUGCAAGGGCUCUGGCUGGGGCUCACAGGUGUACGGCCGCUCAACGUGGCAUAGAGAUGUUUGGGCCAUCAUGUACUCUUGGUAUUUUCCUAAAGACUCGCCUUCAACUGGCCUGGGGCAUCGUCACGACUGGGAGCAUGUUAUCGUGUGGAUCAACAACCCGGAUGUUCCGGACCCUAUUAUCCUGGCGGUCACGCCCUCGGCGCACAGCGGCUACUCAAAGUAUGCACCUCCGAAUGCCGAUACUCUAGAUGGUACGAGUGUUAAGGUUAACUAUGAGAGCACCUACCCGAUGAAUCAUGCUACGGACGUGACGACGGAUCCUGGCGAAUUCCAGGACUUGAUCAUGUGGGACCAGAUGACAGAUGCUGCGCGGUUGGCAUUGAACACUGUAAGCUUUGGAGACGCCAACGUGCCGAUGAACGAUGGCAACUUUAUCCCAAAGCUGGACAAGGCCUGGCCGUUUUAAGUAUAAGUUGUUGAUAAGUAAUUCUAGAGUUUAGACUGCCAUAUCAUUACGAAU